UCUAAACUCAGAGUGAACUGAUGCAGAGUUCAGGUUUACACUCACUCACAGCCGAUUCAUGUUUGUGUCUCUGUGUCCUCAGUUUCCCAGCAUGCCUCGGCUCUGGAGGUGUAUGAGGGGGUGGAGUCUGUCCUGCUGAUCUGCAAGGACACUUCUGUACCUGCGUCCCACUCUGAUGUGGAGCCGCCAUGACCUCGGUCCUCCAAUCGUCCACAAGCGUAAUGAUGCAGGAGAUGAACUGAGAGCCCAAAACCAGCGUUACAGGAGAAGAACGUCCAUGAAGACGGACUCUCUGAGGACCGGAGACUUCAGCCUCACUCUGAGGAACCCCAUCACCUCUGACAGCGGCACCUACACCUGCACCAUCACUGCAUUUGGAAACACACGGACACUGAGUACAGUAGAGCUGCAGGUCAAAGUGUCCCACCAAGUCCUCACCCUGGAGGUGUACGAGGGGGCGGAGUCAGUCCUGCUGCCCUGUCACAUCCCGUUUGUAUCUGGACCCUCCACAGUGGUGUGGAGCCGCUACGACCUCAAUCCUCCAACCGUCCACCAGCGUCAGCAGGAAGAGGACGAGCUGACAGAUCAAAACCAGCGUUACAGAGACCGAACAUCCAUGAAGACUGACGCUCUGCAGACU